AUACGUGUUGACCAGCUUGUCACAGAUCUCGCUUGGGAGGAAGAUGUCUGAGCGCAGGCACAGUUUGUUCCUGAAGCUCUGGUAGCACAUCGUCUUUCUGAGGUUCCUCAGGCAGAACACUGUAGCCAGAGACAUGAGGCUGUCGGGGUUGUCUCCUGCUUUGGCUGCCAUGUUUGCCUCUUCUUCUCCAGCUCAGGUCACAGACAGGGCAGAGCAGAGGACCUAGAAGGCCUGAAGUGAACAAAGCUAAAGGUAAGAAGCUGUUUCUAAUUCACUACAGGCUGCAAAACAGUUCACUGUAGCUUUUUGAGUUGAUUACUCUGUGCUCCUCAUCUUCAGCCCAUUAUAACUUAUAUGAAACCUUAUAUUUGUGGUGUGGUUCAAUCUAAAUCUGUACAAGAGCCAACUUGCUCCUAAAAUUUCAUGCAACAGAUAAUUUUGAAGUUAAUGUUUUUUGUUGUUUUAAACAGGAAGAUCACACACCUAACAUCUCAGCUGGAUUCAACAACCAUUAUUUUUAGCAAUCUUUGCUGUUUCACAUGAAUGUUCAGCCUAAAGACUUCUGUUCUGCAAAAAAUUUUGUGUGUCGCUUCUGGUGUAUGGCUGCAUGUUUUUUUGUGCACAUAUUAACAUCCUGAUUCAUGCAAUACAAGGGCCUGUGUCCACUUACAGCAUCUUUUGCACUGACACCAGCCACAACUUCAAUUUUAUGGUACAUCUCACAAGUUUUCUUGCAGUGCUUCUGCUGCUUGUUGGAGUUUACGAGGACAAUAUACAGAAAAAUAAUUUUUCAUAAGAAAUUAGAUUGUUUUGUUCAAAUGCAUAAAAGAGUUGUAUCUGUACAUUUGAAGCAGCUCUAGCUCUGGAGACCCAAAAGAAAACGAGUCUGAGUAGUUUGUUCUCUGCCAUUUCCCAAAGUCAAUAUUGAAUGUCUUGCCCUUUUUUAAAUUUGACUGGCCAGUGAGGAAAAAGUGACGAGGGAUAAGUGAUGAGUGACAAGUGCAACCAUUUCCUGACACAGGAAUAUUUUCAUCUGAGUGUGUACCUGCUUAAAGUGACCAAUUUUUCUUGAGUUGCACACACUAUCCCUGGUCAUCUGUUGUGCAUUUAGGAGCCUUUUCAAACAAACCAGUACCAGCAUGUUUAUUUUUUGUCUAAAGAGUACAUCACUAUUUUCUUGAAAUGAACAAUUUUGUCAUAAUGCCAGAACAAAGAUGUCAAAAAGUGUUGCCUAAAGCUCCGUUUGCAUCAUUUAGCUGAUGAGACAAGUAGCGCGGGCCUGCAGACUUGGAGGUUGUAGAUUUAGGACCACUUCUCUGAGACUGCAGCUCUAAGAUCCUUAUUGUCUGCAACUGCAUUUUUACGGUCUAGCCAUAUCUCUUGCCGUAAAUGUUGCAACAACACAAAAGUAGUAGGGCAGCGGUCCUAGAGUUUUGGUCCUGACACUGCAGCCUCUGUUUCAGUUUUACUUAACAUGUCACUACUUUAUGUGCCAUUGUGGUGGCACAACUGAUCCUGCAUGUCACAUUUAGGAGGACUGUAUUAUCUAGGUAGUUGUUUAGUCAGUGAAUGGUUGUCAUCACAGAAUCCCUGUAACAGAUUAUUGUGAUCAUGGGCCAUAUGUGAAGCAUCAUAUGUUGCAUCCCCAAUAUGGUGCAUACUCAAUGUUGUAAGUCUUUUCUUGUGCAAAUUUUCUGUGUGAUAAUUGUUAUGAUAAAUUAAGUUUCUUGAUGUAGCCUAUGACAGGAUCAACAUUAAUUUCAUGAACAUUCAAAGUAACAUUAAGUCAAACACAGUCUGGAAAACUCAGACUCCGAUAAACUUCAUUGUGUCUUCACGGCUAUGAAAUCCCCAGGAAGGAGAGUUGCGGUAAAAUUAGUUUACUGCCAUUAUAAACCUAUAACACACCUCUGCAGACCUGACAAAGUUAGCCGCAAAACCAACGGCUCUCUGUUGUUAGCAACUUUGCAGCAACUUGUUUUCGCGUAAAUGGCAUGAUAUGUUGACGUUUUAUCUAAAAAGUUAAAUGACUCAUGCUGUUAAAUUAAAGCUUAAAGCCUACCUUGCCUUGUCUUUGAGUCGGUAAUUGUAGUUUGUUAGUUAACCACACUGGGCAGUGAAUCCUGAGGGGGACACAGCGGUGUUCCUAAGUUAGCUUGCUAGCUAGCUUCUCUGUGGAAUAUUUUACUUUACUACACUAACGCUACAUAGCUAAAUGCCAACAGACAUUAAUUGUUGGCCUGCUCAGUCACAAGAACCCAAACUAACACAGAGUAAGACUUGUUAUUUUGAGUUUUCCUGUAACUUGCCGAUAUGGUGUCAGCAGUGCAUUUAGCGUGUGGCUAACCGUGACUUUCCCUGCUAUGAUGUUAGCUCUUGUAGCCAGCUGGGCUAGCGCUAGCUUAGCUCUGUCUCUCUGUAAGUGUGAAGCUCCAAACCGCAGUCAGUGGGGUCAGAGAGCACGAAUCAUCAGGCAUGGAUCUACCUGAGCUUUAGCCAAGGCUGAGUAUCUCGAUGACGGAGAGAAAUGUAGUUAUUAUCACCACUCUUCACUCAUCUGAUUCUCGUUUUCGUCCGAUGUCAACAAACAGACUCCUCCUCCUCCUACUUCUACUCCUCCUCCUCCUUUUCCACCUCUUUCUCCCGUUCUUCCCCUUCCUCUUCCUCCUCUCCUUCCUUUCCAGUCUCUCAUCCUGUCAGACUGUUGUUAAACACACCGAUUUCUCUAUUGUUACUGGAAGAUCUGUAAUACUACAGCUACUUAUGAGGUGUUGGAGAAACCGGGGUCUGCUGUCAGACUUUUUACUCAUAUGUCACUCAUUAUAAUGUUGAAAUUUGGUUGCUGUGCAAAUAAAUUAAAACGAACCUUUAUUUUUCUGAAGAAACCACUCAUCUGGAAUCGACUUUCUACACUGGACAUUGCAGUUGACGCGUUACACAAUGUCCUCCCAGUUUGAGUAUAACUCUCCAUUUUAUUACACUGUGGGGAUUUCAAAAACCCUAAAACUGACAUUAACUUUAUUAUCACAAAGAAACUCAUUACAUAUCAUGCACCAACAUAUACACUCAUAAAACUAUUGUCUCUACCUGCUGUUUGAUGUAGGAACUACAUGCAAAACGUAAACAGCACCAUGUCACUCACUGCCCCAAUCUGAGGUUAAUUAAAGCAAAUAAGAAACAGAUUGUGGCUCAAACAGGAGUGAAUAAAUGAAGCCUGAACACUCCAUAUCAAGUUUUAAUUUUUUAUAUAUUUAACCUUUAUUUAACCAGGUUUGUCCCAUUGAGAUCUGAGGAUCUCAUUUGCAAGGGAGACCUGACCAAGAAUGGCAGAAAUACAUAGUUACAACAAACAGACACACAGACUCAAUACAGAAUAAAAAUAUUCAUAUAUAAUACAUCACCAUUAUCAAGAAGAAGUAAGAAUGUAGACUCUACAAGUCUCUUUUUAACAUUAAAAAAGAAACAGGACUUGUUUCUGUAGUAAAAGCCUAGUAAAACUUUCAGUUUUCUAGCAACAUGCCAGUAAAAACCUGCGGCACUUAAAAGCCCAAUUUCUUGACCGUCAAUAUUAACAAUUUUCUCUGACAGUGUUUCUUGUGAUGCUCUUGUAGAUGAAAACAACAUGAGUUUAGUUUUCUCCACAUUAAGCACAAUUUGCAGCUGCCUAAGCUGAUCUUGGACCAAAUUGAAAGCAUGCUGAAGAUUUGAAAAAGCCAGUGCAGUUGUUGGUGCAGUUGUUGUCCAAAGACGUAUGCAAAGGUCGUCCAAAUUUCAAACUAUCCAAUUCAAUGAAAACUCCAACUCUGUGUUUCUGUAGAUGAGACAGUUCAAUGAUUUAAAACACCAAUAUUUCAAGGACAGAAGCAGGUUGCAGCCAGCUUCCAAGUACAAGUUUGAGCUUGUGGAUUGCUGCUGAAAUAGAGGUUGCUGUCUUUGCUCAGGUGAUGCUGGGAGAGGCUCUGCAGGGCUAACUGUGUGGCCUUCAGAGACACAGUUACUCUGUGUAAGCACAUGCCACAGAGUAGCACCAGAGGUAUCUACCUAAAGGACUCAGCUUGCUGAGUGAGGAAGUCUUGGAAAGGUGUCCUAGCACCUCACCUUUGCAGCGAAACAAAUGCCGACCCAUGCAGGGCUGAGCCCAAAUUUCUGUCCCUCACUUUCAUUGUGCUGCAGGGCUUUGAGAAGAGCCCUGUGGGUCCCAGUUCAAAGCCAGCAUCCCUGAUGGUAUGGGGAUCAUCAGCGUCCAUGGGUAGUUUCCACAUCUGUGAAGGUUCCAUUAAUGCUGACCAAUAUAUACAGGUUUAGGAGCAACAUAUGCUGACAUUCAGACAAAGACGUCUUCUGGGAAGACCUUGAUAUUUCAUCAAGACAAUACAAAACCUCAUUCUGCUGGAAUCACAACAGUGUGGCCCUGUAGUGGAAGAGUCCGACUAAUAUUUUGUGUCUCUGUAAUGAAAAAACAUAUUAAUUAGGGGAAAAAAAGACUACAAGAACAACCAGCAGGAGCAGGCUGACUUGUGAACAUGCAAUUAAAAACAACAUAUCAGGUUUGGUUGAAAAAAUAUCAGGAUCUUGCACCAACAUGAGGUAAAGUGAGACACUAAAAAAUUGUUGCUGAGACAAUCUUUUGAAUAGUCUGUUAUUUUGUCUUUAUAACUUUGUAGAAUCAUUUAGGAGCCUCUAUCUACUUAUUAUAAAAUCUGAAUCAAUAUUGCAUUGGACCAUACAUGUUAAAGUGGAGGGGGAGAUAUUUAAGGCCAAAAGUAGAGAAAACUCCAAUAAAAUAUGUUUAAUUUUAUUACAAAAAAUUCAACAUGACAGCCUAAGGACCGCAAUGUUUUUCUUAAGACAUUAAUUUCAUGAGGAUGAAGUCCUUCAAGCUCUCUAAACAUUUCUGCCCCCUAGUGGCUGUAGGUGAUUACAACAUCUUGAAGACACUGUUAAAUGCAGCAGGAUCCAACAGCAAUAAUUCACCAAACAAAAGAAACAGUCAAACUGACAGUGACCUGUAUUGUUGCUGCUGUUAUCAGCUGCACAAAUACAUUAAUUAUGGACAAUAAUGCGCUUAUAUUUGUUCACAUUUUAAACUAAAGUUGAUUGAAGGAAGCCAUGAAAUAUACAGUGAAAUAUGAAAUAUACAAUGACCUUUGUAGGUUUGUAAAUUUAAUGUUGUAAUGUUGACAUUGAAUUACACGACUAUAAAUUGAGCUUUUGAAAGUGUAAAAAAUUAACCUUUUAAUCAAAUAUUUUUUAUUUUAUGUUUAUAAAAUCUUGAUAACGACCAGAUAUUUUUUGUAAAGCUGGCAAAUGAGUGGGCAGAAGUAAGGAGGUAAAAAAAAAAGAACAUUGUGUAUUUAUCAGGAACAAUCUGAACCCGUUUACAGUGAGCGUUAGUGUUCAGUUUGUGUGUGUGUGUGUGUGUGUGUGUGUGUGUGUGUGUGUGUGUGUGUGUGUGUGUGUGUGUGUGUGUGUGUGUGUGUGUUUAGUGUUGUUGUGAAGACGGAAGUGAAAGGAGGAGGACUUCCCUCAGUCCAGUUAUUCAGUUCUUCUUGGACACCGUCUGAGGAUAAACCCUCCUCCGGUACAGACAUGUCUACUGCUUACAAAAACAGGUAAGACUCAUGUUUACCUGUGUUUUUGCACGAGCCGCUGGGCACGCGGACAGACAACAUCGCAUAAAGCAGCUAGCAUGCUAACAGAGAAACUUCAGUGUUUUCAGCUAGCAGCUCACUUAGCCAAACACGAUCCAACUUUUAUCAAGAAAUGCAAAAUCACGCGUGUGUUCCAUGAUGGUUCGAUGCAGUAAAAUCACAGUAAAUGUCAGACAGAGGACCUCUCCGUGUAACGAAAGCUGAAAUCGGCUUUGCUGCUGUGUUGCCUCCCUGUUAGCACAUCAGCUGACACAUCACACUUCCCUAACAAGCUAACAGCUAACGUGAUCAUCCCCGGCUAGCUGUGCGUGCUGACACUGGGUUUCUGUUCCUGUGAAACUACUGUGCUUUACAACCAGUAAAUCUCAAAUCCUGGUGAUUAAUUAGCUCUAGUGAAUUAAGUCCACAACAGAUGCUGUAAAAACGCCUUUGUCUCAGUUUAAUGGGACCGUAAAAUCACAUUAUCCAUGUUAUUCUCUCGUAUUACAGCAGACGUCAGCUGUUGUGUAAACAAAGGAGAUAUUAUUAAUAAAACCAUCUUUUUAAAUAUAUUUUGUCCGAUAUUAUAAUCAGUUAAAAUGUGACUGUUCUCAUUUAUUACGAAGAGAUGAGAGAAAUAAGCUUCCUCGACCAUCUCCUUGUGAAUAUAAUACAAAGUUUAAAAGGAAAGUCAACUUUAAGACGCUGUAUAAGGUGUUGAUAAAAACAUGAUUUCUUAAGUUGCAUUUCUUUAAAACCCCAACUGGAAACAAGCAAAAAACAAUCAACAAAUCAAAUGUGAAUACCGAGAAGUUUGACGGUUUAUGGGAAAUAUAUUUAAUAACUGAUGCAAGCAACACUUUCAAAUAAGUUAAUCGAUUACGAUUAAUCGGUCGAUUUAAAAAAAUAAUAUAUCUACAUAUUUACUUAUUCUUUGAAACAAAUGGCUGCUUUUGAGCCUUUUAAACACGUCUUCAAAGAAUUGAAGGCAGAAAACUCAUUUCAAUUCCUUUUUAUUGCUAAAACAAUCCCUGGCUAUUUAUUUUAACUGUAAUAAAGAUGAUAAACUAAUUCUUUUCAGGUUAUUAUUUAGACUGUAGCGGGUGUGAGUCUGAUUAUUUUGUCAACCUCUGUCUUGUCUAACUCACACACUCGUCAUCCUCUAAAAUAAAUAGCCUAUGUAAAUAAAUAAAUAAAGAUAAAGCUAACUCACGUACAUCAUAAAAAAUGAGGAACACCUGUUAUACUGCAGGCUACUGCUAUUGAUGCUGACAGGAAGAUUGACUGAUCGUCUCAUUACUAUUCCGCGUAUUGAUCAUGAAUCAAACUCGGAAUAGAAAAGUGUUUUCAACUACAUGGUACUUCACCGUUAACUCGGCGUGACCGAGACCAGCACAGCAGGGAACAUCGUGAAGUGGGCUGAACUGAAACUUGUUGACUUAUUGUGUACUUCAAAAACUGGUUUAUUUACCGUUGAGGCAGACCACUCUCCUCCGUGCGUCACUGAGCUGCCUGCUUUAGAUCCAUCUAUAUAAUACAGACUUAAAAUGAUUUGCAAACCAUCAAAUCUGCCGACCAUCAAAACUUUUGGUGCGCGUGAAUAUCAAGGUUGUACCUAAGCAGGUAUAAUUACACUGAUACCAAUGAAGAUUGCAGUAUUCAGAUAAACUCAUCUAACCUUAUCUUUCUUUUUUUCAGGAUACAGGAAUUUAAAGUAGCCUUGAGUGAAGAAAUUAUCAAUUUAAAGACACUAAGGGAACUCUGCUUCAAUGGUGACUCUCAUAUCUUAAAAUUCCUCCCGCUUGUUUACCUGUUGAAGAUAUUUAAGAACAAGUAUUUGACUUUUUUUUUCCUUUGCUUUAUUUAACUCAGGAGUCCCAUUUGAAGGAGGCAUACGAGCACUUUGCUGGAAGGUGAGUCACUCUGCAAUUGUGUUACUAUGUAAAACUUCAUUUAAAGGGAUCUCAUCCAGAUUUUAAACAAAGUGAAGUUACAGUUAAUGAUAGCCCUAGUGGUGGGUCCAGCAGAGUCAAAGAUAAUUGGGUAAAUUUCAGCUGUAAUUAGUAUUUUUAGUCUGCAAUGAAUGUCUGCUGCAGAAAUAAGAGUAAUGAAAGAAGCCUGAGGGAUGGAUUCCAUGAGACUGUGAAGCAGGGAGGUCAGACUGUUGCAUGUUUGACUGAAUGAACAGACUCUUGUGAUGUCUGCUCCUGUCUCAUGUGACUUCCUUUACUUCUCUUCCAGAUCCUUCUCAAUUAUCUACCUCUUGAUCAGACGUUGUGGGAGUCUUUCCUCAAAAAACAGAGGUGAGAAGGAGAAUUUGUUGAACCUGAGAGCCAGAUGUCCCAAGAUUCAAGAGGAGUGAUGAAUUUUUUUCUUUAAUCUUUCUCAAAUUUUUGCAUAUUUAAGUAACUUACUUUUAGGUCCAAAGUGUUAAAAUUCCCAGGGAAGAAUGUCAGGCAGUAACAUGACUGAGUACAGUACGUCUUUUAAAAGUUCUCAGUGUGGGUCUUAGAUUGUCACCUCUCCUGACAGCAUGUGAGCAAAACAUGUCAUGUGACGAUGUGUAGUAAUAAAUGCUUGCUGUCUACACUCCAUCCGUCAAACAUACACUUCAGUUACAUGACACAACACUGCGGCUCCGUUUUCAUUUUGCAGCACAAGCUAAGUUCUGUUCCUUGAGUGUUAGGGCGGCAGAAUACUGGAAAAAAAUGACAUCAAAUCUGUUUCUGUCACAUUUAUUACAACCUGAAAAAAUACAUACAUUAAAAAUCAACUAUCUGUGACUUAACAAAACUUCACACUUGUUUCUGCCACACUUGGCUCAGCCCAUGACCAGAAAAUCUGUCACCAAGACUACACAAAAUGGAAGCAAAAUACAGUGUGCAGCAAAAUUAUUGAUUUUUGUGGUUUUAAACAAGAAAGACAGUCUGAUAAACAGAUAUUAUAGAGUGCAAACAGAUCAGUUAACAGAGGUUAUCCGCUGUUUCAGUGUUUCACAUAUGACCCGUGUUUGCGUUAUGUUUCGCCUUAAUGCAAAAGUGUUGUUUUUUUUUCAUUGUUCAACUAUAACCAAAUAAUCUGAGGUCAUCUGAAAGCUAGAUCAGGCCUUAUUUGACCGUAUCAAAAUGUGAAAGCAUGGUCAUGAUACCCAGGCCUCCAUCUAAAAUGUGAAUUUGAAUUUGUAUGUUAAAUAAUUGCCUCAUGUGCAGCCCUAGAAAGGAAGCAGAGGAAAAUCAAGGGAAACUUCUUGCUGGACCCUGUCAGCCUUUUGUUGAUUUCCUUUCAGUUAGCUGCUACUUCAUCGUAGUUGUUGAGAAAAAUGGAGAUAUCAGACUUUCAACUCUUCUUUUAACUUCCAUGAAUUAACCACUGCUUGCCAGUCUUUUCAUGGCUCUAGUGUAGUUGGGACACUUCAAUGAGAAACAAUGAAAUCCAACUUGUGUUAUCACUGAUGCUCGCUCACAUGGGAGGAGCAUCAAGGAGGAACCCUUCAGAGAGGAGCAUUCUGGGGAGGAGAAUUUCACCUACCAGAAACUACCGUUACGUUACUCUUAUCAGAGCUGCCAAACUUCAUUCACAAAACCACUAAAUCUAUCUUGUAGAACAUGCUGGAUCAGUUACUCUUUGAAAUAGUGGUAAACCAGCAAUUUCAAGUGGACGUCAAGAUGCUGUUUUUAACGACAAAGUCUGGUUGGUUUAAAACAGAGCAAGAGUACCUUUACAAAAGUUCCCUCUCAGGGUGAAUUCUCUCAGAUUUUCUCAUAAGUUUCACAUCUUUACUUUUUUUACUCUCUCUGGGAAAAAAACAGAAUCAGGUGCUUUUAAUCACUAUACCUGAGGACAUCACUUAAUGUUGUUUUGUAACCCGUUUUAUUUCUGAGUCACCAGCCUGAUGCAGGUCAUUAUGUCGGUCUCUCACAGUCAAGCCAGCAGGAAAUCAACCAACUCUACUACCAUUUCUCUUCAAUCAAACAAUACAUUGAAGGUGUUUUGGUGUAUUAAAAUAUGUUUAUUUUCUGCCUUUGCCCUGCAGCCCCUGAGUCUUUUAACCUCAGAUUUGCUGCAAUUUCUUAUAGUCCAUAAAAAUGUGUAAAACACUGGAAAGGUUUCAUGUUUAUCAUGCAAACAGAAGGAACAAAAGUAAAGUCUAUUAUCUCUGGGGAGGUAUAUUUUGUAACUUUGUUCCUGUGAUCAAUUUCUUUUCAGUAGAAGAGCGUUUGUUUCCCAGAAAAGCCUGAACAAAACAGAUGUAACAGGUGUAUUUGUUUACUUUCCUCUGUUCUGGCUCAUGUCUGUCUUUUUCAGGGAGGUUUACUCUCAGUUCCUGAAAGAAAUGAUCAUCCAGCCGGGCAUUGCCAAAGCCAACCUGGGCCUGUCCAGAGAAGACGUCACCAUGGAGGAUCAUGUGAGUCUGAGUCUCUGUUGUUUCCCUGAUUUUUUUUUCUCCUCAGUGGAGUUGAACUGAGAGUUAUGUCUACCUCAGUGAUAAUCCUGACGGCUGUGAUCAUCUUAUUGAGCUCUGACUGACACAGAGAGUCCAGAGCAGAUUCAGUUUUGUGUGACUUGGCAGGACUGACUGUGUAAUGUUCUCUUUGGGUAAACAUUUAACUUUUCUUACAGUGUAAAGGGCAAUAGUAAAAAGUGGACCUUUAUGACCUCAAGACUUUGACUUCAGGUCCUCGGCUGCAUCAGCACAUUUUUUGAAACACUGAUUGACUUUCAAAGCGUUUAAAACGACCACUGCAACAAUUGAUUCAGCGCAGCGAUGCAGACCUGCAACAGGAUCAGCUGUGUCAUCAGUGGGUGUAACUUAUAUCUAAGAGGGAGCAGGAGUGAGUUUGCAAAGUCAGACUGGCUGGGCUAGUUGGGAUAAAUAGAUGAAGAGGUGAAUAGAUAAAUAAAGGUUUGUCCCAUCUUAUCUUCAUUUUAUUUACACUGUUGCCUUGUGUACAUGAUUAAUGAAACUACAUCUACACAAAAGGAAAGGAUAAAAGAGGACCAUUAUUAUAAGACGACCCCUACCCUUUUAGAGAAUAACUUUUGGAGGACAAAUUCUUGUUUUUAUACAGGAGGCAAUUUUUAGUUAAAAAAAAAAUAAAAAGAGAGAAAGACACAUUUAUUGUGUUAUCCAAACUGUCUGCAUGAAUUUAAUAGGAGAAGACAGUGGAUAGCAAUACAGUGCACUCUAGGAAUGUUGAUGCAGACAUGCAUGUUAAGAUGGGGCAGAGCUGUGACCGUCCUCGUGCUUCAUGCACUUGGUGUUAAUUCCCUGUCAGCCAUAGCUGAUGGUGCAGUAGCAGUCCCAAUGAAUUUUGCAGUGCUUGCAGAUACCAACAGCAGCCUUGAGUGUAAGUAAGAAUAUGUCCCAAACCACCAUUUUACAUAGUGGUUCCCAAACCUUUUCUGCCAUGCCCUUUUUGGAGAUUGAAGUUCUGUGUCCCACCCAAAACAAAAUGAUCACAAAAAGGUCCAUUUAUAUCUCAUCCACAUACCAACAAGUUUGACGAGUACAUCUACCUUCUCUUUCAGUCUCUUUCUAUUAAACCAUUUUUAUCUGACAUUAAGCACUCGAUAACUGUGCUGUGUAUAACACUGUGUGCUUUCUAAAAACUGAAAACCUUUCAAAAAUUUCACUACUUUGCAACAAAGUGUAGUGGCAGAGAAGAGUGGGGGAAGCAGUGGUAUAAAUCUAAAUGUCAUAGGAAGAGCCAAGAGAGUUUGAUCAAUGAAAUGUGGAUUUGUUAAUCCAUGAUUUAGGUUUGCAGUUCUUUUAAUCUCUUUAAACCAUGGCCUUUUGUCUGGUGAUGAUUCAGCCCUGUUUUUUUAUUCCAUAUCAUAAUAUAGUCGCAGUGUAAGUGUGUGUGACACUGUCAUUGGGUUAACCAACACUGACCCGAAUGUGAAACAGGAAUUCUUAAAACAGAAAAAAGGAAAGUUUAAAUCUGUGAUCACCAGCUUAUUUUGUACAGGCCAAACAUUAACUGAAGGUGUGAUGCACUGUAUGUUUGUUUUCUUUAAAUUUUCAGCCUCUAAAUCCAAAUCCAGACAGCAGAUGGAACACCUACUUCAAAGAUAAUGAAAUUCUGCUUCAAAUAGACAAGGAUGUAAGGUAAGACUUUCAAAAUCUACUCAUUCACACAUCUGUUAAAGGAACACUGUCUUUUAUUACAGAUAAAAAAAUACAAAUAUCAAUGAAAGAUGGAUAAGGAAACCUGUUUCAAGGAAGUUAAAAGCAGUGUGUGUUUUUUCAUUUUUGCAGGCGGCUGUACCCAGACAUGGCCUUUUUCCAGCGCCCCACAGAUUACCCCUGUAAGCUCAUCCUGGAUCCCCAGAACGAUUAUGAGACGUUGCGUCGACGAGUCGAACAAACCACCCUGAAAGCACAAACUGUAAACCGCAACCGCAGCGGAGUCACAAACGUAAGUAACUGUUAGUUAUUGUGUGUUUAGAGAACAGUUGGGUUAUGGUUACGUGGUUUAGUGGAGGAGUACAUAUUAGACGUAAUGGUUUGUGGUGUAAAAUGGAUCUGUUCUUCAGGUCAGCUCUCCUGGAAAGGCGCUGAACUUGUAUCCAUCGAAUGAGUACGAGGUGCUCCCCAGUGGGAGUGAAGCACACUGGGAGGUGGUGGAGAGGAUCCUCUUCAUCUACGCCAAACUCAACCCCGGUAUCGCCUACGUUCAGGGUAUGAAUGAGAUCGUCGGGCCAAUUUACUACACGUUCGCCACAGACCCAAACAGCCAGUGGAAAGGUUGGUAAGAUCCGAAGUCGGAAAAAUGUAGAUGUUUAAAACGGCAUAGAUGACUAAAAUGUCUUGUGUGAUUCUCGGUUCAGAGCACGCUGAAGCAGACACGUUUUUCUGUUUCACCAACCUGAUGUCGGAGAACCGAGACAACUUCAUUAAGAGCCUGGACGACUCUCAGUGCGGCAUCACAUACAAGAUGGAGAGUGUUUACUCUAUGCUUAAAGACAAAGACCUAGAGCUCUAUCUCAAACUGGUGAGGCCAUCUUAUGUUGAAACCUUGCUCUUCAUGGGAAGCUAGGGGCUGUUUACAGCUUUACACUGUGAGUGUGAGUGUGCAGCAGUGUUGUCAUAAAUGCCUCUUUGCCUUGUGUUCAGUGACCAUGACUUCUACAUGCUCUUAAACUUUGUUGCACAGGGAUGUAACCUCCUGCUGAUGACAUGUUUUAGCCUACUGGUGUGUUGACCUGCCAGUUAGAAACCCCCAAUACAUCUCUUUGCUAGUCCAGCCCUGGCCAUGGCUCCUUUUCCUCUUUGCUCUUAAGACAAGUUGAAUUGAGAACUGAUCUGGGGAAAGAAAAGGACAGCAUCAGUUUCCCAACAAACUGAUGAUUUCGCCUUUUUCUCUGUUUUUCUCUCUUUUCUUUGGUCCACACAGGAAGAGCAGAAGAUCAAACCCCAGUAUUUCACUUUCCGCUGGCUGACCUUGUUGUUAUCCCAGGAGUUCCUCCUGCCAGAUGUCAUCCGGAUCUGGGACACCCUGUUCUCGGACCAGGACCGGUUCCACUUCCUCAUCCUUGUCUGCUGCGCCAUGCUUGUGUAAGCUUUUCAGACUUCUUCCUGCAGCAUUCUCACCUCUGGUUCUUCAUGUGCAUCAUGGUUUCAGUUUCUUCUUCUACCAACAGGCUCAUCAAAGACAGCAUAAUGGCAGGAGACUUCACAGUCAACAUGAGAUUACUACAGGUAAGAUGUUUGUAAAGGACAUGAGUCUUUAUCGCUGUAUGGAGAUUUUCAAAGACAUUUCUUAGUUUUGCUGAUAAACUCUCCAACAGAGCAUCGUUUACAUACGGCGUUCCCCAAGGCUUUGUUCUUGGCCCUCUUAUGAUUUUUACUUGCAAGCUGCCACUCAGCCAGUUAAAUCAUUUUAAUGCUGAUGAUCCUCAGUCAUGCAGUGAGACCCACUGGAAUUACAGUCCUAUAAACUCCAUUGGUAGCUAAUCAAAAAAAUUAGAGAGGCUUUCAGGAAUUAGGGAGUAAUGUUUGACACAAAGUUGAAAUGCUGUAGAAUUGCGUUGAUAUCCAACUUGAGUUGAUCUCAAGAGUUAGUUUAACGUUCCAAAUUUCUAACCUUAAAAAAAACACGUUUUACAUACUUAAAUCUUGAUUUGUUUGGCUAGCAGGGCUGUCAAAGAAAACUCCAAAUUCAAAUAUACGUGUGGAUUUCUAUUAAACAGACAUUCAGUUAAGAAUAUUUAUUGGUUGUUUAGAAAACAGCUCUCCCAUGCAGCUGUCUGUUGAGGAUCGGGUUGCAGCACUGAAAGCUCACGUGGGUCAUAACUUCAGUCAUGAUGGCAGAGUCUUAACAGCCUAACCAAGCUGUGGAGAGAGAUUUGAAGGUUUACAUCAGCCUCAAUUUCUCAACUUUUGUCUUGUUUCACAUGCAGUUGUUUAGUAGAUAAUGGGAAAAUUGGCCAAAACUUCUAACGGAAAUAUAAAAAUUCAAUAAAUGUUCAAGAGCCAAUAACCAUAUUGGUGCGAUGCCAGCUGCCAGAGAGAACAUUACAAUCUCAAUACUGUCAAGCCCAGUCGUAGCAGCAGGUUGUUGUUUUAGUCUCCUCACAGGUUUUAUUUCUUUUUACCAUUACUGUCAAAUAAAGAAUAAAUCCACCUGCUAAUCUUGAAAAGGAGGCCAUUAUCUCAUGAUCAGGGCCUCCUUAUUUUCCCAUCAAUACUAAAUAAUAAUUUGAUAUUACUGUCAUAGUUAUAACCCAGAGUCAAAUCAGUCCUGGACUUUUAUUCCCUUAUUCAUCUUUUUCAUUGAGAUCCUCUGUAGCUGCUGUUACUGCAGCAGAUAUUCUUCCUGCUGUCCACAUCCAGCAAACAUUACAUGCAAAAUAUAUGAAAAUGCACCCAAACCAAACAUGCAAACGAUACAACAAACAUUAUGAAGUACAACAACAUAAAAUGUUCCAAAAUGUUAAAGACGACAAAUAAUGUAGAAAAGAGUCUGUACUUUUCAAGUUUAGGCACAGACAAACCCUAAAGCUUUGAUUCGUGUAUAAACUGUUGGAUUAGUUUUCUUUUUUUUUUUUCAUAUAACAGAAAAGACAGAAAUCAGCCACACAUUAGUAUGAUGAAAUUUUUCUUUUAUUGAUCAUAAAAACUUUAAAUUAGAGACAUAACUCACUCACAGAGAUGUGUUUUUCUUCCUCUGUUAGGAUUACCCCAUCUCAGACGUGCACACCAUCCUGAUGAAAGCCAAAGAGCUGCAGGAUAACUCAUAACCUGUCUCCUCUCCUCCUCCUGCCCUCCCCUCUCAGACGUGGUAGGUGGAAGUUCAGACUUUAAAAACACUCAUGUCAAACGUUUUUGAAUGGAGAAACUUGAUCAAUGAAGAGCCUGAAGAGAUGUGUCGGGGAAACUCAGCAAACAGCUUUUUAACUCCGUGUUUGAUCAGUGAAGACUGACGUGAAACCUUCGUGGACGUGGUCAAAAUAUUCCUGCCUUGAAGAGAGGAGGAGGUGCCACUUGCUUCUUGGUGCAUUAUGGGGGAAAAAAGCUCCUCUCAGCCAUUUCUCUCAUAGAGACUUAUUGUGCUCAGAUUAUUAAGUUUGCACUGAACAUCAGAGAGGGAGGGAGUCCAACACUACCAAUAUAACAGGAAGGAUUUAUAGAAAGAGGCUCGACUUUGACAUAAAUCCCCCAUGGACCACAUUUGAAGUCAGAUUGAGCAGAUGUUGAACUGGGAUGAGCAAUAGUGCAUGUUUAUUCUUUCAGCAUUUUUUUUAAUUAUUAGAAGUUGAAUGUUUUUAUCGUAAGAAACAUGUAUGCCUUAUCUGUUCAAUGAUGUGAAACAGGAGACAGUGUGUUCUGUCCAGAUGAAUAAUUAUGAAGUGAUGGGCCUUGCCUGUUGAGUAUUGUAGAAGUAACCUUCUGAAAAUUUUCAUUUCUAUAAUGUUUUCGUACAAUAACAAGUGAAGAUGAAGUUGGCUUUAAAAAGUCACGUUUCUUUAAAGACCCAAGUUAUUAUCUCAGAACCAUCUGUGGAAACUGUGCUGCUUUUCAUACUGAACAUUAUUCGUGGAGCUUUUUAUCCCACUCGGGAUCAACAUGUUUUUCUACUAACGCUCCUGUGAGGAACUUUUAGGUUGUGUCAACUCUGGCGCCCCCUGUGGACAGAGCAGACUUUGCUUGUCUUGUCCUCUACAUGCAUAAGUUGUGUCAUCUGGCAGUGACUUAUGUCAUUCAAAUAUAUCACUUAUGUGGAAAUGUUUAAAAUAGAGCUGAUUCUGUAGCUGCACAGCUGACGCCUUUGAAUUUCAGUCCGUUUCAUUAACAUAAAAAACUCCCUGCAGGAGCUUUAAUGUGAACUCCUGACCAACUGUGGUCCAUCUGUAAGAUUCGAAGUUCUGUGUUGGUAAAUGGACAUUAUUUUUAACUUGGCUCUCUCAUAGCACAGAGCCUUGGCAGACUUGGCAUAUUUAAAAGUCUACAUAUAAGGAAAUAUAGUACAGUACUAACUGUAUUAUGCUCGGGUGACCAUAUUCUGAAUCCCCAAAAAGAGGACCCACUACGCAUGGUGGAGUUGUCUGAGCAAUUUUGGGGGGGUUUUCGGGUCGAGUGUUUUUUAUGUGCUUCUAACUCAGUUAAACGCAUAAAUCUCUUUUUUUUAUCUUUUUUUGUGGGAAAAAAAAGCUGAUAUUGUAUCUCAUCUUUUUUUUUUUUUUUCACUGGCGGGAACUGGCAAAUCCCCAGACAUUUGUUCCUCGAACCUUUGGCCGUGGUCUGAAAUAGUCGGUGUGAACAGCAGCACAGCUUCACUCACAGCUUUGAUUUUCAUGCAUUUCAUCCUUUACUUUAUCCUGCUUUGUGCCCAAUAUGUUAUGAAUACUUAAGUCAAGAUUACACUAUGAAUGUAUCUGCAAACCGAAAUUCUUCACUGCCAAAAUCUACAGUCACAGGCAUGAAACCUGUCAAAUAUGUGAAUCAGGAAGGAAGCAGAACAGAAGUAAAGUUACUCAUAGAAUCACGAGGCUUGUAUCAAUAUUAAGGUACUCUUUAUAGACUCAAAGGUUCAAUUCCCUGCCUUUUACCAAGUGGAGAGAGGAUUUUCAGAUAGACAUGCCAAGAGUUGUUAAAUGUACCAUUUCUCAGAAGGAAGUAUUACUGUCAAGUCUAACUCUUAACAUGUUGAAGACACUCCUGUGACAUCAGAUAAAGCAUUAUUUCACUUUUUAUUUUACCUGCCUGUCUCUUAGAUAUCCGAGUUGAAACACACUACUUAAUUAUUGUUUAAACAAUCGAAGGUUUAUGGAUGUGCAAAAGCUCUGUUCAUGUGUACAUUUUUUCUUUUGAAAUGUGUUCAAAUGCAACUCAAGUAGCAUCUUAUUCUUAGCUAUCAGUGCCCUUUAAUUAAAACUGGAAGUGAUUAUUUUUAAAUUUGUGUCUAGUUACUGAACGUUCAACAGAUUUGAUUUGCAAAAGUAGCUUCUUUUAAAAAUUUGAGAAAUUUUGGAGGAUUUCGACACUUUCAAGUCCAAAGCCACUGAAUCCCUGCACAUUUAUAUUUAAGAAUGGGACUGUCAUUGACUGAUUUUAUCAGUGAAAAAAGGAAUUAUUGACAUUCGUUUGCAAGUUCUUUCAUAUAACACUAUCCUAAAAGCUAAGAUAAAAUGAAGUUCACCAACUAGGGUACUUUCGUCACUGAAAUGUCACUAACUAGAGUAAAACUUAAUACAUUUAAAAAAAUAAUUGAAGAACUAAAUGGAUGAAUCUAAUAUUCUUGUUUCUUACCCCCCAACAACUUUAGGGGUAAUCAAAUCAAAUAAAAAAUUUGCCCAAGUUUCCCCCUCUGAUUCAUGUUACAAGUGUAAAUCCUGAAUAUUAUAAAGUUUAAUUUCUCAAAAAGUCCUUUUCCUCGAAUAACCUGACUCUUCAGUAUUUAGCAGACUUGACUUUAACAGUGGAAAAAAGUGCAUUUGUUAAAGAAAAAACAUUCACAUGAUCACUAAUAAUUAUGCACAUGUUAUACAUCAUGUGUGAUCAAAUUUUGAAAUUGCAUUUCACCACAUCGGCCAGCAUAUUUAAUUCAAAGUUAUAUAUGUUAUUAAAAAUGUAUAUAUUUUGAAUCCUAGCCCCCUGUGGUCUUUGCUGAUUUUGUCCUUACACGCCCAAGUGAAGUCUUCGGACUUGACACUCAAGUGCAUAAUUUUUUUAAACUUUUGAAAUGGAAAAUGUGAAAAGUGGCUUUUUCUUCAGCGGCUCCACUGACACCUACUCCCCCGCAUCAGUCUCAGGCAUUGAAACUAAUUAAUUAAUAAACAUCAGUCCUGUCCCUGGUGGACCCUUUUACUUUUGCAUAUCAUUACAAAAUUUAGAAUUUCAGUCUAUUUCAUAGGAGUAAAAAAUAAUUUCUUUUAAACAGCAAAUGCAAAAUGGGCAUUCAGUGACACAAAAUUAUAAAAUGAUUAAUCAAAAUGUCGGCCAGCUAUGUAUCUGAACCAGAAUGAUUUUAAAAAUCAUCAAGACACCUGGUGUUGACCAUUGACUGCAUGGGAAUAUGCAGCCACCUCCCCCUGUGAUACAGAAAGUGAUGCCAAAAUGCUCCUACAAUGGGGACUCCAAAGUUGCUCCGUUGACUUAUUUCGGAGUCAUGUGGCUGACAUCCACCCCUUCCUUUUGACCAAAACCCAUAUUAUAAUAAUAUGCUGCACAGUGCUGCAGGAGUCUUAUUGGUCAACAGAGCUGUCAAUCAUUAUGCCACAUCCCCCUUUUGAGCACCUAAUAACUGAUUUAAUCAGAACUAUCUACAAUGACAGAAGCGAACUUUGACAAAAAUUUAUUGGAUAUUUUUUUGUUUCUGUAGUUUGACCCAUGUCCCAUCUGUUAACAUGGAGGAGGCAGGGUUUGUGACCUUUUCUGCAAACGGUCCCCAGGGUGCGCUCUUAAUUGUUUGGCUUCACUUUUGGGAGGCUAUCAUGUCCAUGUCUUCAUACAGUCUAUGGGGAGGACACAUUUAACUGGAAACCCAUUUUGGACUAAGCUAAACCUCCUUGUAUAGGACUAACUAAGAUCUGUAAGGCAUCAGUUUUGAAAUAGAUUGCUUGACAUUUCCUGAGAAAAAUCCAUCAAAAAGUCAACAUAUUAAAGUCAUUUUAAACAGUAUCUACUUUUUUUCCAUAAAGACCAAAACAAAAACCAGUUUUUGCAUUUGAAGUUUUUUUUUCAUCAUGUGCAGAACUGUUUGGCUGAAUAUGUGUUUUGAGGGACUGUUACUAACUGAUGGAAUCCAACUGCUCCUCUUUUAAUGUGUAUUUAUUUUCUAUCUUUAUGGUGGUGUGUGUGUGUGUGUGUGUGUGGGUGUGCUUGUUUGAGUGAGUGUGUUCGGGGGGAUGAUGUUCACUAUACUCUUUAUGUCCUAUGUCAGUUAUUUGCAUGGUUCAGAAUUUUGUAAGCACAUUUUUGUAUUGUCUCCAGUGUUAAACUUGUAUAUAUGUUUUUACUUGUUUGCAGAUGUGCAUUAAAAUGAACAAUGGUAUAAAUCAAA